AUGACGGCCACGCCCAACACACAGCCCGCCCAGCCAGUCGACGGCGUCAUCGCGCAGCCGGCGCCCGUCGUCCACAAGCAACCCAUCGUCUCGCAGCCCAUGAACCCCGAGCAGCCACACCCCGAGCCGAGCCAGCAAGAAAUGGGCCUCCGCGGCGGCGACCGCGGCAGGGGCGGCAUGUGUCCCGGCCGCUUCUGCUUCAUCAUCCCCUGCCCGAUUCCCUGCGACUUCUGCGUCUUCCCUUGCCCUUGCUAG